UAUUGAAAUUUUGAGAAAAUAUUUUGGUCAAGAAUUUGAACAUCCUAGAUUUAAUGGUCCAAGUUAUAUGGCAAAUCAAACAUUAACAAAACCAUUAAAUCAACCUAAUAGCAAUCUUAAUCAAUACUUGGAUAAUUUAAAUACUACUGAACAAGCAAAUCUUUAA